CGAAACUCUUUUCGCCCAGUUCACUUGAACCCGAAGAUCACUACAUCCUUCAUUGAAAGUCAUUUAUAUUGAUAAUUCAGAUCCAACAACAUACACAAUGUCUAGCAUCGUGAACAAGCUCAAGGGCGCGAAGGCCCUCACACAAGGCUCGAAGCUGCCUGACGUUGGACCUCUCAAGGAGGAUAACCCAGAGAAGGGAACUGUCAACCUCCACGGUGUUGGCGGAAAGAUUGUGGUUGUAGGCGUCCCUGGUGCCUUCACUCCUCCAUGCUCCUCCCAGGUGCCUGGCUACGUUGAGAAGGCAGAGCAAUUCGCGGCCAAGGGCGUUACAGGCAUCUACAUUGUUGCCGUGAACGACGCUUUCACAACCAAGGCAUGGAAGGAGAAGAAUAACUGGAACUCACCACUUGUCCACAUCCUCGCGGACGAUAAGGGAGAUUUCACCAAGGCAGCAGGUCUCGAUUUCGAUGCGUCCGGUCUGCUCGGCAACCACCGAAGCCAACGCUACGCAGCCAUUGUCGAGGGAGGAGUUGUCAAGAGCAUCUUCGUGGAGGAUGAGGCACCAUCAGUCACUGUGACUGCUGCGGAGAAUGUCCUUCAGGCAGUGUAGAGCGCGUCGAUGGCGUCGUGAGUAUAGAAAAGGCGGAUUUGCGUGACGUGAAAGACUAGAGAGCAUGAUCAGAUGCUGGGCUUCGAGAAUGAGAUACCCAACCAAAAACAAAAAUUGACAAAGUACCUCCCACCA